UGAGACGGCCCAGCGGCUCCGGGAGAAGGGAUAUGGGGGGUGGGGAUGGGGGCGGGUGGUUGCCGCGGGAGGCAGUUGCGGGUCAUGUGACCGGAAGGGCUCCUGACGGACGCCGUCCCUCCUCUGCGCGGCCUGAGCGCCCGGCCUGACCCCGGCCAUGGGGUGCUGCUACAGCAGCGAGAACGAGGACUCGGACCAGGACCGAGAGGAGCGGAAGCUGCUGCUGGACCCUAGCAGCCCCCCUACCAAAGCUCUCAAUGGAGCCGAGCCCAACUACCACAGCCUGCCUUCCGCUCGCACUGAUGAGCAGGCCCUACUCUCUUCCAUCCUUGCCAAGACAGCCAGCAACAUCAUUGAUGUAUCUGCUGCAGACUCACAGGGCAUGGAGCAGCAUGAGUACAUGGACCGUGCCAGGCAGUACAGCACCCGCUUGGCUGUGCUGAGCAGCAGCCUGACCCAUUGGAAGAAGCUGCCACCGCUGCCGUCUCUUACCAGCCAGCCUCACCAAGUGCUGGCCAGUGAGCCCAUCCCAUUCUCUGAUUUGCAGCAGCCUUAGUUGCCCCUUCACUGAAGACCUUGCCAGCUUUGGUGAUCUACGAUUCUAUCACAGCAAGCAACGGGAAGACAGAGAAUCAUGCUAGGCACAUAAGAAGCUUUUAAAAUACUGAUUAAAUUGAGAUCACCACACCAGGGGAAUAGUUUCCAAAUCAUGCUCCAGCUCCUUUUCCCUCUUAGGGAUCUUGGACCAGAAAAGGCCAAACUUUAUUUCUUAAAACUUGAAUCUGAGUUCACAGAAAGUAAGUGCUGUACUUUUAUUGACUACCUCUUCCACAGGAGAACCCAGCACAGGACACAGUGGGUGCCCAGUGACAGUUACAAUUUUACCUCAGCCUCUGAUGUACUAGUUGUUUGUUGGUUUUCAUGUACUUUCAUUCAAUCCUCACAAAACCUUUAUGAUACUGGCAUAUUAUCCUCAUUUUUCAGACAAGGAGGCUGCAGUUUUGAGAGGUUAGGUAGCUUGCUCAACGUCAGUAAGAGGCAAACCCAGGAUUUGAACCUACAUCUGUCUGGCCCCCUAGCCUUGUGCUUUGGACUGCACCACGCUGCCUCACUACUUCCUUGAUAACACGUAGGAGUGGAGAGGUUGGGGGCUGAACAAAGUGGCUUCAGGCUCCCCCGACUGGAUUCCUAGUGUUAGGAACUCACAGGGUCAAUGGAAGU